AUGCAGCUCCCCAUCACCAUCCUCGCCGCCCUGACGGCCGCCCUCUCCGCCACAGCCACCCCACUCGCCAAGCGCGCCUGCCAGACAACCUACCCGGUCGCCGGCCUCCCGCUGCCCAUCUCCGUCUCCCGGACGGCGACGCCGCCGUCGUCGCAGCCGGCGACCGUGUCCUUCUCGAUCCCGGCCGGGGCCCGCGGCCCGUGCAGCCUCGUCCUCGCGUUCCCCGCCGGGUACCCGGUCGCGACGACCGGCAGCUCCCAGGUCGACGUCGUGGCGCUCGACGGGCCCGCCGCCGGCGCCGUCGUGGGCACCGUGGCGCUGGCGAGCCUGCCUGGGGAGGCUAUCGUGAGGACGGUCAAUAGCUUCUCGUGUAGGCCCGAGUUGUCUUUCCGGCUGCAGAUUGCGGGGGCGGAGGGGAGCGUUGCGUUCACUGAGGUCGAGGGGGCGGGGCUGUUUGUCACUUAUGAUUGCUAG